AUGAACUUGACACAGUGGUACGCAAUCUCUUUGGCCGCGACAGUAGUUCUCCUAAUCAUUUACCGAAUUGGCUACAUCGGUUCUACCUUCCUUAUGGCACGGUUCCAGGUGCUAGCUUUGAGGCAUUUCAUAUACCCCUUACUUGUUCAACGUAGAUAUUGGACUGGUGUCACAAGAUUGCAAGGCUUACUCGUCGGGGGAUAUCUGGGUAUCAAUGGCUUUUGUAUGGGCCUUGGUGUAAAGACUAUGUCCGACGUUAUCUCUCGUGCGGGGAUCAUGGCCUCGGUCAAUAUUGUGCCGCUAUUUUUGGGCGGUCGGACCAACACGUUGGCUAAUUUUAUCGGUAUCUCCAUCCAUUCUUAUUAUAUAGCACAUCACUGGAUCGGUCGGGUUGUCAUUGUUCAAAGUCUUUUGCAUGUUGGCUUUGCCAUAGCUGCUGGUCAGCCAUGGACCUUCAAUUCAUCUCAAAUUUCUGGAAUUUCUGCUGCAUCUGCAUUAUCCCUCUUGCUAAUUACAUCGUUGUUCUUUUUGCGGAGAUUGAUGUUUGAAGUAUUCCUCAAGAUCCAUUUUCUGUUAGCUUUUGUCGUAAUUAUUGCCCUAAUGGAACACGUGGUACACCUUGGUUUAACUCGCAGCAUGUUUCCGAUAAUUGCCCUGUCCUUGUGGUCUUUGAAUGCCAUAAUGCGGUGGGGAAAGACGUUUUACGAUAACGUCGGUGGUGUCGGUAGUUCUUCAAUACCGCAAGCAGAUAUUUUUCACUAUUAUGACGACUCGAAAACGAGAACUGUCAGUGCAAUAAGACUGACGGUCCUACUUAAAAGGCCUAUGAAAAUACACCCAGGCCAAUACAUGUAUCUGUUCCUGUCGGAUAUGGGUGUUCGUCGACGUUUCCAAGCACAUCCAUUCGUGAUUGCAUGGUGGGACGAUUCCAUGAAGGCUACUAAGCUUUCAUUUUUGAUCAAGCCUAGCAAUGGCUUGACCUCAGAUUUGAUUGGACGGGGCUCAAUACGUAGGGUUGUGAUGGAUGGGCCUUACGGAAAAGAUCUGAGAUUGGAGGAUUUCGAAAAUGUUAUCCUUGUAGCAAAGGGAAUCGGAAUCGCUGGAAUAAUUCCAUACGUUAGAAGUUUAACCUAUCGUAGGGUAAACAAGGAUAAAAGUCACGAGUCAUACAGACGAGGUCUUCUUACAAGAAAAAUCGAUCUGUAUUGGAUCCUUGAAGAUAAUUGUCAGCAAGACUGGAUAUCAGAUUGGCUUGUGGAUCUACAAAUGAGAGACUCGGAGAAGAUAUUCCUUAAUUGCACUUGUUUUUAUCCACACAGGAUGCUGAAACCUCCACCUAUCGUGGAAGAUGCUCAUUGGAGAUUUGUAGAGCAACAACAACCAAUCCCAAUAAUUGAAGGAUUCAUAACCAAACAAGUUCAGAGAUCUGCUGGGAGGUCUAAAGUCGCUGUUUGUGGAACAUCUGGAUUCACUCAUGUACUCCGCAACAUAGUGAUCGAAACCCUGAAGGAGUAUGAUGAUGUUGAGUUUGCUGAAGUUGAGUAUCAACCACAUGGAGUGCACCACGUUCACUCGGGAGUCACUUCUAAAUCAUGGGAUCAAAUUGAAUUGGAGGCCAUAAAAUUUCCUACACGAUUCAAUACUAGAGGAAGACGUCUACAGCGAUCACAACUUGAGUACACAAAUAAUCAUACACGCUCCAGAAAAAGAUCUGCAAGAAGAUCUUCAAGGAACGACAGAUUGAUCGAAUGGAGAUCAGGAGCAUCAGAUCAACUCGAAACUUUGGAAGAGGCAGAUGAGAGAGCAGAUGAUGAGGUUCAAGAUUGGAAAAAAAUGGAUGUGAGGGAAAUUGUUUAA